GAGCUUACGUGAUCAGUAUAUCACUUAGCUCCUCCACCCACAAAGUUAUAUACUGUAGAUCCUCACACAUCGAAGUACAGUAGCUAUAUUUUAGCCAGUUGCCAUGAUUUCAGUCUCACCUCCCGGUGUACUACACACUUCUCAUUUUAAUGCCUUCAACGUAGCUCAGGUCCUCUCGGAAUUGUCUCAUGAGGGGCGUAAAUCUAUUCAUCUCUCCCCAUUAGAGCACCCUUGGCCGGUUUGUUUCACUGCUGCAGUUUCCAAAGUCCUUGAUGAGGCUGGCAUCCCAAACUUUGUGUGGGGUGAUCUCCUCAAUGCCUGGCGUGGAAACCCUCACAUCCCUAACAUUUGUGGGUUUGUAGUGCCCACGGAGGGCAUCCAGAAAGCGAUAGAUGCGAUCGCCAUGGCCGGGCUACCUGUUUGUUCGUGCGAAAGCUUUGAACAUUUGUCCAAUCCGGAAUCGCUGCUCUCCUUACCCAUCCAUUUCUGUGUGCCACAGGAGUACGGAAGAAACGUCCUACUCUUCUUGUGUCCUAACGAUGUUCUCCUCAAUCUCAUCCCCCUCACGUCGGCUCGUGCAAAUCCUGCUUCGCUGCAGUAUGACCGGAUAAGGCUUUCCCUGCACAACGAGCUUUAUUUCUCUCAGAACGACAAUAACGCUGUCGACCCGAUCUCUUCCGUCAAGACGACCCAUGUAACGAAUGUCCUGACAACAGCCAGUCUUAUCAAGGCAUGGCUUCUGCUCGACGUGCUCUCAGCGCCUCAUCGCGUUGGGUUUGCUUAUACGUACUCCUUUCUUCUCCACCUUAUGGCGCCUCACGCCAUUCCCGAGGGCCCGUAUGAUUUCGAAUCCAAAUCUCUGCAAACGAUGUGGGAAAAGGUGUAUAUUGGCGGAGAUUGGAGUCCAGAGACAUUCGAAUCGCUGCAAAAUGAAGUCAGAUUAGAGUGGGAAGAUCUUAUCCUGGGCAAAGACAACCGUGAUGAAUGAAAUGUUCUACGAAACAUAGUCUGAAGUGGAGAGCUAUUUGUGUACAAUUACUAUCCGAACGCUUCCACGACGUUAUUUACUACAUUCAUAUGACCAUUCUUAUCAUCGUACACUAGGGUAUCGUUCAGUUUCUCAACAUGUGGGACAAACUAUGGAAUAACUUUGGUAUCCAAUUGGUCCUCUCCUC